AAUAUUAAUAGAAGAAGAUCAGGGAUGUAGAAAAAACAUCCAAGCUAUCUUUGAGCAGGCUAACAUUUUUCAAGACAAAUAUAAAGACAUGAACACAUACAAAGUGAAUAUGGAACAGAAACCUGAUGAAUCAAAUAAAGAAGGCACAUUUUUACCAUUGGCCCCAGAAGAAGAAUUAUUACUAGAACAAUUUAAAAUAAAACCUAAAGAGAUAAAAAAUGAAGAUUUAUCACCAGGGCAAUUAUUAGCCCAAGGGGAUUUCAAUUCAGGUGAGAAAAAUGAGGCCCGGAGAAGAUAUUCAGAUAGUUACCUUCCCAGCGGUGACUUCAUGGCUUCUGGCUCUAAAAUCAAGGCCAAAGAGACCCAAAUAAAAAAAGAAAAAGAAGAAGAAGAAAUAGUAGUGGAGGAAGAGAUUAUUAGCACUGGAAAACCUACAGAGGGAAAGCCUAAAAAGAGAUUUUCCUGGUUCCACAAUAUCAAAGAACGCAAGCUGUGGAACUUCUUUCAUUUUAAAAAACAUGACAAACAAGUAAAGAAUGUGCACAAGUGGGAAGAAAUUGAUCAAGAGGUAUUGGAUGAUUACUGUCCUUAUUCUACUGAAGCCCCUAAAACAUUGCCAACACAGUGGACAAAUAUUGAAGUUGGUAAUUGGUUAUGGAGCAUUGGAAUGGAGGAGUAUGUUGUAAAAUUUUAUUGUAAAGGAAUAAAUGGUGGAAAACUCCUUAUACUGGACAAUCGCUCGCUAAAAGAAAUCGAAGUCAACAGGAAGAAAGACCGCCGGAAAAUACUUAAGGCUAUUAAGAAAAUUAGAGAUUUUUUGGAAAAAAAUCAUAUUUGGGUCUUACUAUAGAAAUUGAUGGAAAGAAGACACAGAACCUGAAAGAUAUGGCAAAAAUGGAAAACGCAAUUACUUUUGUUAUAUUUACUUUUCAUCAUUUUACUUGUAUGUUACUUUUGCUGUAUGAACUUUUAAGGGAUUUUACUUCCAUGUUACUUUUGUUAUAUGAACUUUUAAUCAUUUUA